CUAUUCGAGUUCAUUUCAUUCAAAUACAAAAAUCAUAUAUUGAAGCUACACUAAAUGAAAUUCACUUGAAUUAUUUGUUGGUGAAAGGAUUCCAUAAAGCUCUUUGUGCUUCUUUCUUGCCCCAUAACAAAUUGACAUUCUUCUUAAUAUCAACAAACUCCAUCACUAUCAAGUAGAUCACUCUCUACCAAACCUCUUCAUAUCUACCAGCAACUACAUUGCUUCAUCCAGAAUUUUCUUAUCUUACAUCAAAAAUCUUCAAUAUAUAUAUCUCUUUGCCUCCCAGUUUUAAACAAAACUUGUAACAACUCCCAAGUCAAGUAUGAGGCCAAAAACACAUGGUUCAGUUAGCCUAAAGCUUCUUCUCAUAUGUGUUUUCAUAGCUUUCUUACUUCUCUUUGUGUUGAGAUCAACAUUAACAUUAUCCAGUGUAAGUACAUCAUCAUCAAAAAGUACUUGUUCAUCACCAAAAUGCAAUAAAAUUCCAUCAUCAGUAGCGAAAUCACUCAUUCACUACGCAACCUCAGCUAUCACACCACAACAAACACAGAAAGAGAUAUUAGUAACAUCCAAGAUUCUAGACAAGAAAUCACCUAGCAACUUCCUUGUAUUUGGUCUUGGACAUGAUAGCCUAAUGUGGCACACACUAAACUAUGGAGGACGAACCAUCUUCCUCGAAGAAGACGAGGCAUGGAUACAACAAAUCAAGAAGAGAUUUCCCAUGUUGGAGUCCUACCAUGUUACAUAUGACAGUAAAGUGAAUCAAGCAAAUGUUUUAAUAGAAGCAGGGAAAGGAACAGAGUGUACAACUAUAGCUGAUCCUAGAUAUUCAAUGUGUCAACUUGCCUUAAAGGGUCUACCUAGUGAAAUUUAUGAUAUUAAAUGGGAUUUAAUUAUGGUGGAUGCACCAACAGGGUACUAUGAGGAUGCACCAGGAAGAAUGACAGCAAUUUAUACAGCAGGAAUGAUGGCAAGGAACAGAGAAGAUGGAGAGACACAUGUGUUUGUUCAUGAUGUGAAUAGGGAUGUUGAGGACAAGUUUUCUAGGGAGUUUUUGUGUGAGGGAUAUAUGAAGAAACAAGUUGGAAGGUUAAGGCAUUUUACAAUUCCUAGUCAUAAGAGCAACUUGAAUAUGCCAUUUUGCCCCUAAUUUUUUUCUUGUCGGUCUAUGUUACUCAGGCUCUUGAAAAAUGUCACUGGGUGCAUGUCAAGACAGUGUGAGCCCGAGUGACAUAGUUUUUUCUUUUUUAGUUUAUUCAUUUAAGUUGAGACUACUUUUUUCAUGUAAUAUGUUUGGUACCAUAAAAGUUAUUUUCUAAUGAAAAAUAUUAUUUUUAAAGAA